GAGACACAAUGCUGCUGUACUGACGCUCAGUAGUUGUCAAGUGGUGGAACCUUUUGGACUUCAGUUAUCCGUUUGUUCCAUACCACACACCACGUUUGUGCCGUGCAGUGUUCAUGUACGAUACAUUGGAUUAUAUAUUUUUAUCCACGAUCUACUAAUAUUAUAUUUAGACACUGGUGAUAUUCUUUCUAUACAAGUGUACUGUACGCUCAGUGUGUUUUGAGAUUGUUAAUUUUAGACUAAAAGAAUGACGACAUUUGAAAACAACGAUCAUAUUAAAGCGGUGCGACAUAGAAAGCUAUAAACUUCUCUCCUUUGUUGUCAGUAGAUAAGAUAGCACUAUGCUAUCAUGUUUAUCAAUUCACGGUAUGAUUUGCAAUGAGCAUUGAGCGGCCAGUACUGAACGUGCAUCGUCUGGUGCGUUAUUGUUUUUGGUCGGUUUCCUGAUGUCGGUUAUUACGCGAAACUGCACCGAGAUGAAUUCGUCGCGGUCGCCGUCACCGCAAAAGUAUUUUAAACCUAGCGUAUAUAAGCGUGGCAUGGCGGAAAAUCGCGCAUCUCGGGGCAGCUUGAGAAACACAGGAGCACGGCCGAUCAGCAGCUGGACCGCGCGUCGGCCCGCCAAAAAGGGCAUGAUCUCGCAGCGCUGUCAGUUCUUCGAGCGUCUCACGGCCGGCGCCGAUACAGCGGCUCCAAGCGCAACUACGGCUUCGAAUCACGUGUACUCCAAGUAUCGGCUCCCAAAAGAAGACGACGUAACUAGCCAAAUCAGCGGUAAAAGUGAUAAUAACGAGUCAGAUGCAAGCAAUGCGAAAGAUGAAAACUCUGAUAAUAGUGGAACGACUGAUGCAAUGACCGUGAAUUCCACAGAUUUAUCAGAAGAUUAUACAACAGAUCCUUCCGAGGAGAAUUCGCGCCAGGAUUACGGUUUCUAUAACGUAUUUCCGGGAGUUCCGGAUGAAGACCUCGAACCCUUGAAUGGAAUAAAACAGAAAAAUGAGCCGACAAAAAAUUCUAUCGAAGAGCUGCGUAAUGAUCUCAACAAUGAAAUAGACAGGAUGCUCGGUGCAGCUAAAUCCGUUAGAAAAGUUUCUGGUUUUAGUGAAAGUGAAAUUGUGAAUAAAGAUGUGAUCCUUGAUACAAAUUGCAAUAAUAAUGGAACAUCGUCCGAUAAUGCUGAGGACAAUAGAAAAUCUGCGAUUUUGCAUGAUUUAUCCUGCACUAUCAAGGAAUUGCUGACGACCGAGCAUUCAUACAUCGAAGAUCUCGAUUUCAUUUGUAGAACGUAUAUGAAAGAAGUUGAAACUGGGGAUGGUGUGCCAGAGAAUUUGCAGGGAAAAGGCGCAAUAAUUUUUGGCAACAUUGAUAAACUUAAAGAUUUUCAUAAAAAUGAGAUGUAUCCAGCCUUAUUAAAAUGCAACGAAGAUCCUGAGUCAAUCUGCAAAGUCUUCACUAGUCUUAUUGAUAAAUUGUACUGCUACACAGAAUACGCAUUGAACAAACCACAUUCUGAAAAAUUAAUGAAAGAAGGAGCGCAAUUUUUCGAGAAAACAAGAGUCGCAAUACCUGAUGUCUUAGGCUUAAACAGCUUUUUAUUGAAACCUUUACAAAGGCUUGUAAAAUAUAGGCAGCUGAUAGAGAGAAUAGGAAAAAAUUUAAAGAAAUUGGAAAUAGAUGAAAAAGUGGACUAUACAGAUUUUCGGGUGAAAGAGACAGUAGCUACCGUGUACAGUAGAGAAUUGACAGCAGCAAUUGCUGCGGAAACCGCACUCACUGAACUUCAGCAGCAAGGAAAUGAUGUUCUCAUGGUUCCAUUUAUAACAAAAUGUCAGUUACAGCUGCCAUUGGAAAGUUUUCGAUUGUUAAAAACCAGCAAAGCCAUAGUCAAUAAAAGAAGUUUGAAAUAUCAGAUUUUUCUGUUCGAGAAUUUAAUACUGUUUACUGAACCUACUAUUGUGAACAAUGAAGAGUUUUUUACCUGCAAAGACUAUAUAUAUCUGGAUAGAAUUUUACCACCUGUCGAAUGUCAGAAGUCUUUAUAUGCAUUUACCCUGACGAGUUCAGAAAAUAAAUCUAGAAUUUUCCAUAUAAAAUGCUCAAGUGGCGAUGAAAGAUCGUCCUGGAUGACUAUUAUUAGGAAUAUUUUGUUUCAGCAACAACAGGCAUGGAAAGAAGCAAUGAAAAAUAAAUUAGCUUUAUCUCCGACAGAGGCUUCAACCAAGACCGCCAAGGAUGAGGCACCGAAAUCAGUUGAAAUCCCACAAAUUAAAAAUUGUCCAAUACCAAGAAUCGAUCCAGUGAUCACAGGCGUGGGACUCGUUACUCCAACUGAUCAACGCCCACCGCUUUAUUUUCGGCCUCACAAAUUAAAAGACGCCGGCCAGUUGAGAAAAUGCGGUAAACUUACUAUUAAAUAUAAAAACAGUUUAUAUAUAGGACACGUCACGUUGUACGAAAAAAUAGUGAUAUUUUCUUCCAUAACUAAUAAUCAUUAUGAAGAAAUGUUGAAAUAUGAAAGUAGUAUAUUAGCGGAAAACUUGGGUAUUGCACCAAAUAUGGGCACGUCACCUACAAAGUUUCAUGUUUGGUGUAACAAGACAAAUGCUUCAUAUAUAUUACAAGCAAAAACUGAAGAAGCUAAAGCCGCCUGGACUAAGCAAUUUGAUAAAGUAGUUGCUGAACAAGAGGCCCUUCGAUUACGUAAUAGUUUAGCAGGAAGAGAUGUUUCAUCUGCUCGCAAAGCUGGUAUGAGAUCUUUGCGAGGUGUUCCUGGAGAAUGCAAUCGCCGUUCUUUACCGCCGGUUUCCACAGUCUGGCACAUGAAAUUCGAAUUUGAGGAAGGGCAAUCAUCAACUACUGCCAAUGAAGAGAACGAAAAUACGAAAUCAAAAUCCCAGGAUCUUGUACCAACAUCGUCUAUUUCAAAUGUAUUGGGAUCUCUUAAAAAUUUUGCUAGCACUACAUAUGCAUCACCUAAAAAGAAUGACUUGAUUUGACAUUGGGACACGAAACCAAGUAUGAAAAUAACAUAAUUAAUGGGAAGAACUUGUUUUUAAAAACC